CAAUCUCGAUUCUUAAUGUAGUAAAACCAUGUAUAAGCAGGAUAUUCUAAAAAACCAUAUUGGCAACAUAUUGGGCUACGACCAUGCUACAGGCUCAUUUGACUUCUACACCUCUAGCGCAGACUAUCACGCCUGGUCUGGAAUCAGUCGCCAGCGGGUCAUCAACUCGUCUUUGUGCAUUAUGCUCGACCCCUGCACGUUAUACUUGCCCGAGGUGCUCUACUCCAACAUGUUCUCUACCCUGCUCUCGUACCCACAAAUCCAACACUGGAUGUAGCGGCGAACGCAAUAAGGCGGCCUAUGUGCAGAUGAACGCUUAUGGGUGGGGUACGAUGAUGCGCGACUAUUGUUUUCUUGAAGAAGUGGGCAGAAAAGUGAGUGAAUGGGGCGGAGAAAUUGGUCGCGAAGGCUACGCAACAAAUGCGAAAAUAAAAUAUACGAAUGGAAGAGGGGGAGCACGUGGAGCCAGCGGAAGAGGUAGAGGCGGGAGGGGGACUUCAAGGGGUGGUGGAUCAUCCAAAAGGGAUAUGUUAAAAGCUCAUCUAGACAGCUUGGACAUCGAGAUGGAUGUCCUUCCCGUCGGAAUGCAGCGCAGAAAGGUGAACCAGUCAACUAUUGAUGCAAAGACGCAGACUGCGCUAUUGACUAUAGAGUUCAGGUUUCAUCCCGGAGCGCCGGCGCAAUCUUCUUCAUCCACGACAUCAGUUCCAUAUACCGCACUUGUGCAUCGCAAUGCCAUUAAUUCAUCUCUAAUCACCCUUCUUCAAAGACAUGUUCCUCAGCAUGCAUAUUUUGACAAGGACCAUCCCAAACCGAAGAAAGACCAUCCUUGUCCAGAAUGGGUCGCUUCUCUGGUCCACCCUCAUCCAGACGAUCCUGAAGGCUUCAAACUUCCUCUAUGUUACUUGCCUGCGCAACUAGACUUGGCCAGAAUUCCGUGUUAUCCAGGCGUCGGAGUGCAGACUGGCCCAUCUUACUAUAAAAUUUGCCCCAGUCAGACUCUUCAGGAUUUGCUCCAGGGCACGCAAUUUGCCGAAUUCCCCACCAUCCAUGUAUAUGAUCCAGACUCGUCGACAUUCAUUGGAAAUAUUGUGGCCAAAAGGGGUCAGCCCCCGCUGAUGUCCGAGCACGAGCACGACGUCAGAGCUAUGAAAAGACGAAAGCUAAGUACGAAAGCGGGGAGAAAGACAAUCUCAGGACUCGUCGGUGACUAUGGAAGUGAAUGUGAGUCUGCAUCGGAAAAAGCGGCUGCAAGGCAAACAAGAGAUGAGUUGGGGGCUUUGGGGAACUAUGCGGAAAGCGAAAAUAGCGACCAAGACUCUGCUGUAGAAGCGCGCACCACCGAAGACGACAUAUCUAGCACAGGCUCUUUGUCAGCGGAUGAAGGAGAAGGUCCCGCGCUUGAUUAUGCUGCCGUUCUCGAGUUGAUCAAGCAAGCACAAAGCGCAGCUGACUAUGAUCCGGAGGUGGUUGAUUGGGGUGACGAUUGGGACGAAGAUGUAGUGGAGUAACCCUUUUUGUCGCCUACCCUGUCGUGUAUGCAGACUUUCUCCCCCCUUUCCCUAUUGCGUUGCAUCGAUUGCAGGCACUUGCACUUCAAAUCAUUGAAUCCUCCGGGUGCCACAUCUGUAAGCAGCUACAACCGAGCAUUGAAGCCAAGAUUCCGAGUUCAUUCCCGGGACGCUUCGUUGGCGCAAUGCCAGUGCGCCAGUUUCUUGACUUCCU